AUGUCGGAGCCACUCGCCAUAGUGGGAAUGGCGAUGCGACUACCAGGAGGAGUCAAUAGCGCGGAAUCUUUCUGGGAUCUCAUGAACAGCAAGAGGGAUGGGCUCUGCAAGGUUCCAGAGUGCCGGUAUAACGUCGAGGCGUUCUGUGACCCCAACAAACUAGGUUCGGUUCGAACGAAAUUUGGCUACUUCUUGCAGGACGAUCCGGCCAGAUUCGACAAUGCCUUCUUCUCCAUCAGUGGAUACGAGGCGUCCAAGUUGGACCCCCAACAACGGCUUCUUCUGGAGGUGAUCUGGGAAUGCAUGGAAAAUGGGGGGCAGGUCGGAUGGCAAGGAAAAAACAUCGGAUGCUACGUCGGCGUGUUUGGGGAGGAUUGGCUGGAUAUGUCGAGCAAGGACACUCAGGCGAUCAACCGGUAUCACGUCCUGAGCACGGGAGACUUUGCACUCUCAAACCGGAUGUCUUAUGAGUUCGAUCUCCACGGUCCCAGUGUUACUUUGAAAACCGGUUGCUCGUCUUCACUCGUGGGAAUGCAUGACGCCUGCCAGGCGAUCCUGGCAGGCGACUGUGAAUCGGCGAUUGUUGCCGGAACCAACCUGAUUCUCUCGCCUACAAUGACGACCACCAUGUCUGAUAAUAUGGUCCUUUCACCAAGUGGACUCUGUAGAACAUUUGAUGCCAAGGCGGAUGGAUAUGGGCGCGGGGAGGCUAUCAACGCCUUGUACAUCAAACGGUUGGAUGAUGCUAUCCGGGAUGGGGAUCCGGUCAGAGCUGUCGUCCGAGCCACCGCGACCAACUGCGAUGGGAGAACACCCAGCAUAACCACACCCGGCUCUGAUUCGCAAGUUGAGCUGGUGAAGAUGGCUUAUUCCAAAGCCGGAAUUCGCCCAGAAGAGAUUGGAAAGACAGCGUAUUUUGAAUGCCACGGAACAGGGACCAUCAUGGGCGAUACGGCAGAGACCACGGGAGUUGGCCGCGUAUUCGGAAAGGGUGGGAUUCUCAUUGGAGCUGUAAAACCUAAUGUGGGCCAUUCAGAGGGAAGCUCUGGUAUAACAUCCGUUCAAAAGGCAGUGUUGGCGCUGGAGCAUAGGACAAUUCCGCCAAAUAUUCAUUUCUCAGAACCAAACCCCAAGAUCCCGUUCGAGGACUACAAACUGCAGGUUCCCACCGAAGCUACACCCUGGCCGGAGGAUAGGCUCGAGAGAAUCAGUGUAAACUGCUUUGGCAUUGGGGGAUCUAAUGCGCAUGUCAUUCUGGACUCAGCAGCCUCUUACUUCAAUCCCGCAGCACAAGAAGGCUCAUCAGCGAUUAAACUACUUGUUACAUCGACAAAAGACCAGGACGCACUGGGCAGACGGAUCGACUGCUUGACUCAUUUCGUCCGCCAAAACGAGCCGAACGAGGCCGACUUGGCUUAUACUCUUGGUGAGAGGCGAGAACACCUGAGCCACAGAGCAUUUGCAAUCUUGGAUCCGAAACAGCCACUGCUACCUGAGUCAUUUACCAAAUCCCAGCAUCCAGUGCACGACGUGUGCUUUGUCUUCACGGGUCAAGGGGCUCAAUGGACCGGCAUGGGCAAGGGGCUCAGCCAGUUUCCUGUGUUUGACGAGACUAUACAGGAACUUGAUUGCAUUCUUUCGUCCAUACAGGAGCCCCCAUCCUGGAGCAUCAGAGAAGAGUUGGCCGAUGGCAGCCGCGUCAAUGAAACAUAUCUCAGCCAGCCUCUCUGCACGGCGCUGCAGAUCGUACUGGUGAGAUUGAUGCGAAGCUGGGGCGUUCGCCCGAGCUCGGUGGUUGGCCAUUCUAGCGGCGAAAUCGCAGCCGCCUAUGCGGCCGGGGCAAUCACCGCGAAAGCGGCGAUUCUCCUCGCCUACUACCGUGGUAUUGUGGUGUCACAGCUCAGCACUUGCGGGGGAAUGGCAGCUGUUGGCAUGAGCGAGCCCGAGGCCCGUUCACAUCUUCAGGAUGGCGUGGAGAUUGCUUGCGUGAAUAGUCCUGAAUCGGUCACACUCUCAGGUGAUGGAGAUGCCCUUGAAGCCGUCCUUGAGUCUAUCCGCGGGUCUCGACCAGACACAUUCUGUCGACGACUACCGGUAAAGGUGGCCUAUCAUUCCUACCACAUGCAGGCAGUUGGUGCAAGGUACAAAGAGUGUAUAGAGCCUCACAUCAUCCCUUCUUCAUCGAUGGUGGCCAUGUACUCCAGUGUCGACUGCCAGGUGAUUGAAGAUCCCCAGCAACUUGAUUCUGAAUACUGGUGCAGGAACCUGGAACAGCCUGUCCAAUUCUGGCGCGCACUGCACAAUCGCAUCAAGUCAGGUACCGACAGGAGUCUCCUCGUCGAGAUAGGACCCCAUUCGGCGCUUUCGGCUUCGAUCAGGCAGACAAUCCAGGGGGCCGUUGAACGAGGCAAAGGCAUUGACUAUAUUCCGACACUUGUCCGGGGAGAUGACCCAUCUCGAAGCAUGUUAAAAGCGGCAGGAAAUCUGUAUAUUCGAUCUGUUCCAGUCCGCUUGGCUGCGAUCAAUGGCCCAGGUACGGUCUUGAAUAAUGUGCCGUCUUAUCCGUGGCAACGAGAUAUCAAGUUGUGGUCCGAAAGUCGGAUGACACACGCUUGGAGGUUUCGAGAGUAUCCCCACCAUGAACUUCUAGGGAGUAGGUGUCUCGAAUCCAGCACGCUGGAGCCAGCAUGGCGUAACUUGCUGCGGAUCGACACUGUCUCAUGGGUCUGGCAACAUAAGCUGGACAACAAAAUUGUCUUCCCAUGUGCGGCUUUUGUGGCAAUGAUCGGCGAGGCUAUUCGACAGACCACUUCCUCGGAGACCUAUUCCAUCGAAAACCUGAUUCUCAAGUCACUACUCAUCCUAGAGGACACGGCCUCCACUGAAAUUCUCACGACGUUCCGAUGUGAGAAGCUCAGCGACUUUGCAGAUUCUGGUUGGUUCGACUUCAAUGUCGCGGCAUACGAUGGCCAGAAAUGGGUCAGGCAUUGCUCGGGGAAAGCUAGACCGGGAUGCAGCCAGCCCCAAGCUGCCCCUAACAUCCGACCAUUCAACCGCCCUGUAUCAAGCGACUACUGGUACCAGGCUUUGAGAAAAAGGGGGCUCAACUAUGGUCAACGCUUCCAGGGUCUAAAGGCUGUUACGGCUAGCCCCCUCAAGUCUCAAGCUCACGCAACGAUCUCCGAUGAUAGGUCGCUUCACGAAAGCAACUACACUGUACAUCCAACCGUUAUUGACCAUGCUUUGCAGCUUCUGAGUGUUGCGUCUUGUCAGGGACUUACAUAUCGAUCAGGAAAGCGCGGGGUGCCGGCAUCGAUUGGCCGGUUGUAUGUAGGGCGAGGAGCCUUGGAUAUGGCAGUGAGUGCAACCAGCGAUAUGAAGGGAGCUAUGACCCGUGGUGAUGUUCUUGUUUCCGUCGCCAAUGAAUUAGCAAUGUCAAUCCAGGACGCGCUGUUCUUCACUCUGGAAAACGAUGACGAUGCUGCACGAAAGAUUCCCUUGGCGAGCCAAGCCUACUGGAGGCAGGAUAUCGACACCGUGCCGCUUCAGUCUCUACUACCGCUGCCCUCACACGAACGACACGAUAAGAUUGCCCUAUGGGAGAAGCUUUCAUUGUUGUAUAUCAUCCAGACGGCCGAGGACCUGAUGCAUGUUCAACCCUCGGCGGAUCAUCUGGAUCGGUACAAAUCAUGGAUCUUGCAUCGUGUGGAGCAAAUUAAUCAUUCAAACAAUAGUAUGUUCCCAAAGCAGAAGGAUUGGUUAGGUCUUACCUCCGGUGCUAGAUGCGAACUCAUGGAGAGUAUUCACCAUGAGAUUGGUCCCGGGGAUAUGGGCGCCGUUGCGGAGGCAGCCCGGAAGCUAUUCGAAAAUUGCACAGAUAUCAUGACAGAAAGAAAGCAUGCACUAGAUGUCUUACAUGAAGGAGGCGCUUUAGACAGACUAUACAAAUUGCAAGCCGGCUGGACUGACUGGUCUCGAUUCCUUGCUUUACUGGGUCACUCGAACCCCAGGCUCAGGAUAUUGGAGAUUGGGGCCGGAACAGGCAGCACAACGUCCUUGCUUCUUGAUCAUUUGAAAUCCCAAUCUGGGACUCGCCUUUAUUCGACAUAUAUGUACACUGAUAUAUCGUCAGGGUUUUUAGUGCAUGCCAAAGAGAAGCUGGCAGGGACUCCUGGGAUGGAAUACCGGACGCUCGAUAUCAGCAGGCCUCCUCUAGAGCAAGGUUUCCAAGCGGGGGACUUUGAUUUGAUAGUUGCUUCCAAUGUAUUCCAUGCUACGCCUAACAUCCAUGACACAUUGGUGAACGUUCAUACCCUUCUCCGGCCUGGAGGGUACCUGCUGUUACAAGAGUUAUCCCCGGAGCUGAAAUACAUCAACUACAUCAUGGGUGUUCUUCCAGGAUGGUGGGUUGGAGAGGACGAGGGCCGUACGAAAGAACCAUACAUUCCCCCGAGCGAGUGGCAGACGAAGCUUCUUGACGCAGGGUUCAGCGGCAUUGAUGCUAUGAGCUUCGACAACGAGCCCCCGUUCAAUCUGAGCACCACAAUGAUCUCACGCAGACCUUCCUCAUUACCUGAUCCUAACCCUGUGUACAUUCUGCACGACGGGAGCUUCCCCGAAAUGGCACACUUGAUAGCUAAGCAGCUGCAGAAAGAGGGUCUAGAGGUUUUCUGGACUACUCUAGAACAGCCACCUCCAUCAACUGGCAUCAUCCUGUCUUUAUUGGACGCCACGCGCCCCUUCCUAGCUACCAUGUCCCCUGAUGAAUAUGGCUUUUUGCAGCGCAUACUAGCCGAUGAGAAAUGUACCAGGAUCGUUUGGGUGACGCAGCCAGCGCAAUUCAGUUGUCCAAAUCCCCACUUUGGUCUAAUUCACGGCUUCGCUCGCACCAUACGCUACGAACUGGGUCUCGAUUUCGCCGUCAUUGAAAUGGACCAUUGGGACCCACGGUCUCUAGACGGCGUAUCCCAGAUCGUGCGUAAGCUCGACGCGAGAUCCACGGGUGUCAUCGAUGGUAAGUUGGAGUAUGAGUUUAUGAUACACGAAGGGAAAGUACAUAUCUCUCGGUUCGAAUGGCUGGCGUUGGAGGAUGUUCCAACAAAUUACCUGUCUCGCCCUGCUACGCAGACACUGGACAUUGGCAGUUACGGCAUUCUAGACACUGUCAGAUGGGCGCCUACCAACGUGGAAGAUCCGAUGGAUGGGCAGGUAGAGGUUGGCAUCGAAUAUGUCGGACUUAAUUUCAGGGACAUGAUGGUAUCAUUGGGGGUGAUGGGUAGUAAGGAGGAACUUGGUUUUGAGGCAGCAGGUAUCAUCACUCGGAUAGGCAACGAAGUCCAAGGUCUCCAGGAAGGAGAUAGAGUCAUUGUUCUCGAUCUCGGUACGCUCUGUGAACGCAAAGUCACAUCGCAAAAGAAAUGUGUCCCUAUUCCACCCGAUCUGUCCCUUCAAGACGCAGCCACCAUGUCGGCAGUGUUUCUCACUGCGAUCUACGCCUUGAUCGAUGUCGGUCAACUCGAAGAGGGCCAGUCGGUGUUGAUACACUCUGCUUGUGGCGGGGUCGGCCUGGCAGCCAUUCAGAUUUGCCAGAUGAAAGGCGCCAUUAUAUAUGCAACCGUCGGAAGCGACGACAAGGCCGACUAUUUAACCAGUGAGAUCGGGAUCCCAAAAAACCGUAUCUUCAACUCAAGGGACGACUCUUUCGUUCGAGACUUAAUGCGAGAAACCCAAAACCGUGGUGUUGACAUUGUGUUGAACUCCUUGGCGGGCGAGUUGCUGCACGCGUCCUGGAAUUGCGUCGCCAAAUUUGGCAAGAUGCUGGAAUUAGGAAAGAGAGAUUUUCUCGGCCAUGGAAUCCUGCCCAUGUCGAAUUUUGCCUCAAACCGUAGUUUCAUCGGCGUGGAUGUGCUCCAGCUAGCCCAAGAAUGCCCUGAAAAAAUAGAGAGGCUGUUCAGAAAAUUGAUUGCUCUCUACGAAGCGCGCCAUAUCCGGCCUAUUCGUCCAGUCAGUGUGUUUGCUGCCGCCGAUAUUACGCAGGCGUUUCGGUACAUGCAAACUGGGACUCACAAGGGAAAGAUAGUCGUGGAGAUGCACGGCAACAAAGGUAUCUCUGGCCAGGCCUGUGAGGCAUCGUUGACCCUAUCUCCGACCUCGUCAUACUUGCUCGUUGGUGGGCUCGGGGGCAUCGGUAGGGUUGUCUCGCAGUGGAUGGUGGACCGCGGAGCGAGAAAUUUUGUUUUUCUCUCCAGGACGGCGGGCCAGAGUGACUCUGAUCGAGGUUUCCUUGAAGAUCUAGAAUCCCAGGGCUGCCAUGUUAUUCCUGUAGUGGGAAGCGCCACUGAUAUUAACGAUAUCAAACGGGCAGUGGCUCUACCGAUAGAUUUUGGAAAGAUGUCCCAUGAGGAAUGGAGAGAGUGCGUGGAGCCGAAAGCAGAUGGGGCAUGGCGCUUACACCAGGCACUGCAAUCCACCCCGCUGGACUUCUUCGUGGUGGUCGGCUCUGUCAUCGGCCUCGGUGGUAACUCAGGCCAGGCCAACUACGCUGCGGCGAACUCUUUCUUGGAUUCUCUCGUCAGCUACCGUCGGUCCAAGGGGCUCGUUGCAUCAACUCUGAACCUAGGAGUCAUUGACGGCAUCGGGCUGGUUUCGAAAGACCGCAAGUUGAUGGACUGGGCCAGGGUUGGGUCCUUACGAUUCGUCGACGAAGACGAAGUGCUGAAGGCGCUCGACGUUGCAAUCCGCCGUUCUCGCCUUGUUGAGGAUCGUUCGUCAGAGGCGCUGAAGUCAUCCGUGCUCCCUAUAGGCUUCAGCAACACCAAGCCGCUCUCCGAACUAGGCGUCAGACCGCUAUGGUGCAACGACGCGCGCUUCGGGCAGUACGCUAACGUCGAGAAUACCAUGGACCAGACGCCUGUAUCCGAGAUAGAUCGGAUUCGGGAAUUCCUCGUCCAGGCGGAAGCUGAUCCAAGUAUUCUGGACAACGAGUCGAGCGAGGAAUUGAUCAGACAGGAACUCGGCCGGUUGAUUGGCUCGCACGUUCCUCACGCUCAGGGAUACUCCGCGGAUGAGUGGGAUAAUACGCCCAUUGACUCGCUGAUGACUAUUGAGAUUAGGAAUUGGUUCCGUCGGAACUUGGGCCUGGAAGUCAGUGCGGUGGAUAUUUCCAAGGCGGGCACGGUGGGAGGCUUGAGCAAGGUGACUAUGAAAGCAUUGCGUGAAAAGGUUGGACGGGGGAGCGCAUCAUAA